AUGUGCUGCUGGAACUUCGAGAAUGCGACCCCCAAUUGCUUGACGAUUUGGUGUAUAUCCGCGAACAACUGUUGA